AUGCGAUCCAAGUUCAAGGACGAGCACCCCUUUGAGAAGCGGAAGGCUGAGGCCGAGCGCAUCCGUCAAAAAUACACUGAUCGCAUUCCAGUCAUCUGCGAGAAGGUUGAGAAGUCGGACAUUGCCACCAUCGACAAGAAGAAGUACCUUGUACCGGCCGAUCUCACUGUAGGCCAGUUCGUCUACGUGAUCCGUAAGCGCAUCAAGCUCUCUCCCGAGAAGGCUAUCUUCAUCUUCGUCGAUGAGGUUCUCCCGCCCACAGCCGCUCUGAUGAGCAGCAUCUACGAAGAACACAAGGACGAAGAUGGUUUCCUGUACAUCACAUACUCCGGCGAGAACACUUUCGGUGACCUUUGA